AAGCGCCAAGUGCAACAGAAAAAGGGCGAAAUAAGACUAGUAUUCCUCCGCGAGGUGUUCAGGAUCACCCAUCUUGGCUCAGUGUGCGACGGGCGGUCAGUGUCUCAGGUUGACCGAAUAUUCUCCCAGAGUAUGGCACUAAAGAGAAUUAACAAGGAACUGCAGGACCUGGGGCGGGACCCACCAGCACAAUGCUCAGCAGGUCCAGUAGGAGACGACCUCUUUCACUGGCAAGCCACAAUCAUGGGCCCAACAGAUAGUCCAUUCCAGGGAGGGGUAUUUUUCUUAAACAUCCAUUUUCCUACUGACUACCCUUUCAAACCUCCAAAAGUUGCUUUCACAACUCGCAUAUACCAUCCAAACAUAAACAGUAAUGGUUCAAUAUGCUUAGACAUUCUUAGAACCCAAUGGAGUCCAGCUUUAACAAUAUCCAAAGUUCUCCUCUCAAUUUGUUCACUCCUCACGGAUCCAAAUCCAGAUGACCCAUUGGUGCCAGAGAUUGCAAGGCAGUACAAGACAGAUAGGGAAAAGUAUAACAAGUUGGCACAAGAAUGGACACACAAGUAUGCACAGUGAUCACAGGUGGCCUAGUAGCAGAGCGCUCCUUCAUCCCUUCUGACCCACCACGAUUGUCUGUAUCUUGGUACCUUCUCCUGACUGCCACUGUGGAUGACUUCUCCUCUGCUUCAUCAAGACUGCAGAUUAUGAUUUGUCUCUCCCUGUUCCCUCUUGUCCCACCAACGUUCACUCAUAUGCUGCUGCCUGGUGGAUUGCCUGUAACUGAUAUUCAUCACUGUACUGUGGCCACACUGAAUCAGUCAUGGCAUUUUACUCCACUGUUUUUGAAACUUAUUUAAAGGCAUUCAGUUUGGGCUUAAAAGAAGCUAGUCCCAUUGUGGAGAACCAUUGUCAUGAUAGGCAUAAUUUAUAAUUUUGUAACAUUAAUUUUAUUAUCAUCAUCAUCAUUAUGACUGAAAUGAAGAACUAUCACUAUUGCUUUUGAAUUUCAUGUGGAUGCAAACAAAAGCAAAUUGCCUUGUGUGCUUUUUAGAAGACAUUAUACAAGAACAAUUGCCUUGGAUAUUUCUUUGUUCUUAGGGUAUUUUUGUUUUGUUGUCGAGCUAUGAUUUUUUUUUUUAUAAAUAUUAUGGUGGGGAAAUUAAGGUUUAAGAGAGAUUAGCCUUCAGAAGUAUAUUGCUAGUGCAUCACUUACAUCCUACAUUGCCACUGUUACACAGUUAUUAAAUAGUGUGUGUGCAUCUCAAGGUCAGAUCUUCUGGUUCAAUCUUUCUCUUUAUGAUGGAGGCUUUGUAUAUGGUCAGUUCUCUUUUGCAGUGUGCAACAUUUUCCCCUUUUCUUCCUCUUCCCCUUAAUAUCAAUAUUUGUAACAGAGACCCACCAUCUACAGACUUCUUAAUCUCAACAAUUUAGGCACAUAUGAUUUUUUUUCUUUUCUUUUCUUUCUGUGUUCCAUGUGUUGAAAAAAAGAGAAACUGGAAGAUAGGCUAUCUAUAAUAAAAAAAAACUCAAGAUGUAACUUGUUAGGAUAUUAUUUGAUAUUUAAAACUUAAACUCUGUUUCAGUUAUCCUCCCUUAGGUUAUAGAUUAUGGUUAUCAUUAGAGACAAGAGAUUGUUUUCCACAGCUAGCAUGUGAUGUCUUUGUGAGAGUGAGACGAAGUGAGGCAAAGGGACCCAGAAUUAUUGUUCUGCCUUAAUAUGAAUACAAGGAACCAAACAUUUUUUAU